AUGGACGGAGGAUCGCUGACUUCAUCAGCGACCACGAGUGACUGCGAGAGCAUCGAAUCGAUGCGUCAACUUCAGAAUGUAGCUGCCGAGCCACUGGACAGCUUUUUGAACACCAACGACCGUCUGUGCUCUGCGCUGUUGUGGUCUGCGUGAGUUUUGUGGGGAUUUUAUUGGUACCAGCUAGUAUAGUAUCGUUGAAAUCAGUCGUUUUUUUCUAAUAUUCAGUUUAUUUCUUACCGAAGAGGCUUGAUUAUAUUGUCCUCGAUUUUAUUUUGCUGUUUCUUUCAGGAAAAUCGCGGCGAGCACGGAGCAGAAGCAGCUUCUCAGCUGCAAAAACCGCAAAUUGAAUUGGAAGAACCCAGCUCUCUACAAGACACGGCUCUGUGACUACUGGAGUACCGGGAAUGCUUGCAAGUAAGUCUAUUCUCUAUUUUUUGUUUGAUUUUUAGGUUUGGAUUGAAUUGUUGGUACGCUCACGGACCAUUGGAGCUUCGUCAUGUUCCGAGAUUGGACAAGGACCCGGUGGCAACUAGCAUCUCUCUUGCUGAAGUCGUUCAAAGACUUCCUCCAUCUCGGGACCGCUCUAGUAAGUUUGCUGAGGGUCUAUUUCAUAUUUUUUUGGCUUACAAGGGAAGUACCCCAACUGCGACGCUCAGAUUUUCUUUAAAUUUUGCACACACGUCGGGCAUCAACUAAAUAUCAAUUCCUGAAAGUUUUAGCUCGCGCUUUGCAGGCGCCGCCGAGAUAUCGAACGAUUUAUGCCGCCGAGAGAGCACGCUAAACGCGGAGAGCGGUCAGAGAGAAAAACGCUUUUUGGCCAUAACUUUAGCAGUUUCGUGCGGAAAAAUUUGAUUUUUUGUAGAAACAUUAUCCUUUACGGUAGAAAUAGGCAUGAAACUUUUCGUGCCGAAAUUCGGCAAAAAGUCCCCUAAAUUUUCGCCGACUUUUGAUCUAAAAGUCUCGGUUGUUUCUGCAAAGCGCGAGCUAGAAUUCUCGCAUAUAUCUUAGAAAAAAUUAUUCUAAAUUUGUGCCAACUUUCAUCAAAAUCUGAGCGUCGCACUUGGGGUACUUCCCCUGUUAGUUAUACAAAGGGUUUUUCAAAAACCCAUAUUUUUUACCCAAAAAGAAUUCUUAUAUUCAACAGAGAAAUUACGACUUGUUGUAUAAUAUGUCGGCUCCGGAAGGAAGAGUUAUAUCUGAUUAGGUAUGCUUAAGGUGUUUUGAAUGAUUUUCAGUCUUUUUCCCAUUCUUAUACUUUUUUAUAUUAUUUAUGCAUGUUUCAGUUGCGAUGGAGCAGGCCGAGAAUCAGCUAAUUGCCAAUAUCAAGUCAGAUGCUUUCGCGAAGCAUGCUAUCCAAGGAAUUGCUGGCAGUGGUCCGAGUUCAGCUCCACCUAUUCCGAAAUCCCCGGUGUUCUUCCCUUCGGAUCCCGGGAGCCCGGUCAAGGAGUCCUUUCCGAAGCCAUCCAGCACGUCCCGUCUCCCCUUCUUUGAGCAAAUCACCGCGAGAUCCAAUAACUUCCAACCUCGUCAAAGCCAACUUGACCCAUCCGAAGCCGCCUUCCACGCAUAUCAACCUUACCUCAACGAAUUGGUGGGCUCGUCCUUCAGUCAGACUUCGAAUAAUCCCCAAAUCAGUCUUUUCGAGGAUCCCCGCUGGCGCUUCUGA